GUACUUAAAACGAUUUAAAGUCAUGAAACCAAAGGUCCUAAGGAGCUGGUGCAGGCAAAUUUUAAAGGGGUUGCAGUUCUUGCACACUAGGACUCCUCCUAUUAUUCACCGGGAUCUCAAGUGUGACAAUAUUUUCAUCACGGGACCUACUGGAUCUGUGAAGAUUGGUGACCUAGGCCUCGCUACCUUAAUGCGCACAUCAUUUGCUAAGAGUGUCAUUGGGACUCCUGAGUUUAUGGCCCCAGAGAUGUAUGAAGAGCACUAUGAUGAAUCUGUAGAUGUCUAUGCUUUUGGAAUGUGUAUGCUGGAAAUGGCUACUUCGGAGUACCCUUAUUCUGAGUGCCAAAAUGCAGCUCAAAUAUACCGUAAAGUAACUAGUGGCAUAAAACCAGCCAGUUUCAAUAAAGUCACUGAUCCUGAAGUGAAAGAAAUCAUCGAAGGUUGUAUUCGUCAAAACAAAUCUGAAAGGUUGUCUAUCAAGAACCUACUAAACCACGCAUUUUUUGCUGAGGAUACAGGACUGAGGGUAGAGUUAGCAGAGGAAGAUGAUUGUUCAAAUUCAUCUCUGGCUUUACGACUCUGGGUUGAAGACCCUAAAAAAUUGAAAGGCAAGCACAAAGACAAUGAAGCUAUUGAAUUCAGUUUCAAUUUAGAAAAAGAUACCCCUGAGGAAGUAGCCUAUGAAAUGGUCAAGUCAGGAUUCUUCCAUGAAAGUGAUUCCAAAGCUGUUGCUAAGUCCAUUAGAGACCGCGUGACCCUGAUAAAGAAGACAAGAGAGAAGAAGCCAGCUGGCUCUUUAGAAGAACGCAGGGAUUCGCAGUGCAAGUCUGUGGGGAGUGUUGUCCCUCCACCCCAGAAUACAGCUCUGCCCCCUGCUCCUGCUCAGCACACCGCAGCUGAGUGUGAAGAAACUGAAGUCGAUCAACAAGUUCGACAACAGCUUCUGCAAAGAAAACCACAGCAGCAAUGCUCCUCUGUUACAGGUGACAAUUUAUCCGAGUCCGGAGCUGGAUCAGUUCCACACUCAGAUGCAAGUCAGCCCAGCACAGGCUAUUCCUCGGACCAGGUGAUGGGCUCUCAAAUGGUUUCUAGCAUCCCACAGGCCGAAAUGAAUGUUCCAGGGAAGAUUUAUCCACCCCAACAGCUAGUAGGACAUUACCAGCAGAUUUCAGGGAAGCAGCCACAGCUGGCUCAGCCCCAGAUUUUGCCUUUGGCUCAAAGUCAGUCCACUGUUUUGCCUGUACAUGUCCUUGGACCACCAGUCUCACAACCCCUGGUGUCUCCAUUAACUGUCCAAAAAGUCUCGCAGACAAAGCCUGUAUCCCAACCAGCUGCAGCUGAACAACAAGCAGUGCUUCUAAAACCAGAUUUAGUUAGAAGUUUGCAGCAUGAUAUGGCAGCCAUGAAGGAAAACAACAACACCCCUGAUAACCCAAGUGGAAAUGGCAAACAGGAUCGGAUCAAACAGAGAAGAGUGUCCUGUCCUCGACCAGAGAAGGGGACCAAGUUCCAGCUUACUGUCCUGCAGGUGUCAACCUCUGGAGACAACAUGGUAGAGUGUCAGCUGGAGACACACAAUAACAAGAUGGUCACCUUCAAGUUUGAUGUUGAUGGUGAUGCACCCGAGGAUAUUGCAGACUAUAUGGUUGAAGAUAACUUUGUGCUGGAUAGUGAGAAGGAAAAAUUUGUAGAAGAAUUGAGGGCUAUUGUAGGUCAAGCCCAGGAGAUUCUACAUGUCCACUGUGCUGCAGAAAGAGCCACUGGAGUUGACUCUGUCGCUGUAGAACCCAACAGUGGCCAAACAGGGUCAUCUGAACAAGCACAGAUAAAUUCUGCAUCCACUCAAACCAGCAAUGAAUCUGCUCCUCAGUCAUCCCCAGUUGGUCGGUGGCGAUUCUGUAUCAAUCAAACGAUAAGAAACCGUGAGGCUCAAUCUCCUCCUUCUCUUCAACAGUCCAUAUCUACAGUGCCUGGGCUAUAUCCACUUUCUAGUCCAAGAAAAACAAAUAAUAAGGAAAUGUCACAGGACACACUGCUCACUCUAGAAAGUAACCCAUGCCAGCAUGCACUUUUCACCUCCCAGUCAGAACACAAGGAUGUGGUCGAUGGGAAGAUUUCUGAAUGUGCCAGUGUAGAAACUAAGCAGUCAGCUGUACUUUAUCAAGUGGAAGAUGACAGGCAGAGAAUGGCAGCAGUUGUUAGUAGUUCCGCUUACACUGCUACUUCAGUUCGUACAGUUCCAGUUAAGUGUGAGGGACCCACCAGCCAAGCAGGAACAUUUCUACCUGUGCUUCCCUGUCACCAAGCUGCCACUCAGGCUAAUGUAGUUACGGCACCUUCUGGCGAGUCAACUCAGAUUGCUGGUAACUCUCUUAAAACUUCAGCAUUUAUUUCUGAUCAGAGGCCUCAAUCCUUAUCAGUGCAGCAGCCAACUGUGGAUGCAGAGUUUAUUUCCCAAGAAGGAGAGAAAACCACAGUGAACAGUGAAGCAAGUUCUCCUAAGAAGGUCAUCCCCACUCAGACCCCCGGCCUUGAACCGUCUACCCUCCUACCUACUACUGUCCUGGAAUCAGAUGGGGAAAGACCUCCAAAAAUGGAGUUUGCAGAUAACCGAAUUAAAACUCUAGAUGAAAAACUAAGAAAUUUGCUCUAUCAGGAGCAUAGCAUGACUAGCAUCUACCCUGACAGCCAGAAGGACACCCAAAGCAUAGAUUCUCCAUUUUCUUCCUGUGCUGAAGAUACAGUCAUAGCCAUCAGUCACUGUGGAAUUCAAGACAGUCCUGCACAGUCCCCCAGUUUUCAGCAGACAGGCUCUAAGGUUCUGUCCAAUGUGGCUGCCAGUCAGCCUGCUAACAUGUCAGUGUUCAAAAGGGACCUGAAUGUGAUUACUUCUGUACCCAGCGAAUUAUGUUUACAUGAGAUGUCCCCAGAUGCCUCACUUCCAGGGGAUCCAGAGGCCCAUCCUGCUGCUGUGCCAAGCGGUGGAGCCACUCGUCUGCACACAGGAGUGGAAACAGAUGAUGUGAUAUCCACAGUUGCUCCUGAUCCCAUUCCUCUGGCAGUAGAGUCCACAGCUAAUAGGCCUUUGAGUAGAUGCAAAUCGAUGAGUGGAUCCUUUCAGCGGGGACGGUUCCAGGUGAUUACAAUCCCUCAGCAGCAGGCCGAGAAAGUGACAUGCACUGGAUUACAACACGGGUCAGCCUUCAAUAACAUGCCAAGCCAUUCUAGCGAAGAAGCUCCAGCCUUCACUGAAACAGCAAAGGCUCAGGUAGUAGAACUAGAACCUGCCAUGCACAGUCCAGAGACUGUAUUUCCUCCUCAGAACCUAGAAGCUCUUCAUGAAACCUUUCAGGAAGUUAAACCAAUUCCUAAACCAGGAGACAGCUCAUCUGUCAGCACAGCUGGUGAGACUGAUGGGUCUUCUAUAACCCCGGAAAAGGAAUUGGAAGAAAACUCAGCUACAGGAAAUAGCAUGCAGUCUGGCUCUGAACUGCCGCUCAAAGGGAGAGAGAGAUUUACUGUUGAGAAACAGCUUUGCUCUGAUGGUGAAUUUUCAGCCACUCUUACUGACACAGGGAACUCUGUGGCAGAGAGUCAUCUAGAGAGCGAUCAGUGCUUACCACUCCAAGCAGAAAAGGCCUGUGCUCAGACAGAGAACUCCGUCUUCUAUUCACCAUCUUCCCCAAUGAGCAGUGAUGACGAAUCCGAAAUAGAGGAUGAGGACUUGAAGGUGGAGCUUCAAAAAUUACGAGAAAGACAUAUUCAGGAGGUAAUAAAUCUUCAAACACAGCAGAAUAAGGAGCUUCAGGAUCUCUAUGAUCGCCUCCGGGCAAUUAAAGAUAGCAAGCAUCAGUCAUCUGUGGUUUCUCUGCCAUCCGCAUCCCCGUCGCGUCGACCAAGAUCUUUAAGAAGCAAACUUCGAAGCCGCCCCCAGUCCUUGACACAGAUGGACAGUGAUUCAGCUGCUACAGAUCCACCGUGUGCAGAGAGUAAUACAGCAUCAAGCCAGCAAUCUGCAGGUAGUAAAAAAGGGAUGUUCACAGAUGACUUACACAAAUUGGUAGAUGACUGGACAAAGGAAACAGUUGGAAAUUCUCUUAUUAAGCCAAGUUUAAACCAACUUAAACAGAGUCAACACAAAUUAGAGACUGACAACUGGAACAAAGUACAUGAAAAUACUCCAUCUGCUCUGGGCUACACACCAACAUGGAUUUCUUCUCUGCCCCAAAUCCGUGGAGCUGUUCCCACCCCCUCACCACAAGGACUCCCACUCCCUUCUUUUCCGGGGCCAUUACCAUCAUAUGGAGUGUCCCAUGUCUGUCAGUAUAAUGCUGUGGGGGGGCCCGGUUAUCCAGUACAGUGGGUAGGAAUUCCCGGACCAGCUCAACAGCCUGUGGUCAUACCUACCCAACCUGGGCCACUGUUCCAGCCAGGAAUGAAUCUGCCUGCGUUUUCAUCGUCCUCAGUGCAGAAUCCAUCCACGAACCCUCCGGGUCCCAAAUGAAUCAGAGUAAAUGAUGAAUGAAGAAAAGGGAGCUUUUCUUCAGAGUUAUUUCCGGGACACCUAAGAUAUUAAACUUUCUUCUUGGGUUCUGCCAUCUUUUCCUCUUUUGAGUUUACUUUCCACUGUAUUUUUUUGAGUUCCGAUGUAGUCUUUGAUAUAGCUCGUCAUUCUGUAGAACUGUGCAGUUUGUACAUAGAACACUGCGCACAGAAAUGUUUUUCACUUCAAAUCCUAUCCUCUUUGAUACUUGAUUUUUUAAAAAUACUGUUCAGAAUGCUUUAAAUGAGCUCGGCUUGAGCAUUUCCAUUUCCAGGACACUUACCAUGAAUUGCUGAAAAGCCUCCAUUUUUUUACUGCUGCCAACUGCAGCUGGAUGAUACUUUUCUUUAAAAUGUAUAAAUACUGUUUAAAUUGAUAUUCCCCCAAUGUGGACAAAGUGAGAUCCUCCGACAACCGGAGUCUUGUGGGAUUCUUCACAUGUUUGUCUUAGGUUUACCUCUCCCAGAAGGCAGGGUAAUGCUGCAGGAAAUGUUUUGGUGUGUAAAAUUAGAAUAACUUUUGUCAACUAAUAUAGAACAUGAGCCCUUUUUAAUGUGAUUUUCUUCCCGUCUUCACAGCUGUAGGAGUGAAGCCUUGUUCUAGGUGAGGCGGAAAGAAAGGAUAAAAACAGAACUGUAACAGUUCCUUGAUUCUGCAGAUAAUGUAGCUGUUUUAGGAUUUCCAUAGUAAUUCAAAGCAGCUGUCUCCUUGUUUCUCAUGUGCACACUGCGUUGUUUUUGAGCAUCUGAGAGGCAUUGGUUUGGCUUGCAUUCUUUUGCAAGGGAUAUAUUGCAGCUGAUAUGAAUCUCAUUUGGGGGGAAUCUUUGUAUUCCUAACAAAGUGGAUUCUAGUCACACCUCUAUUGACCCAUUCUUCCAACGUGAAAUUUACUUGACACAGUAGGUUUUGUAGGUUUCAAGACUUACACAUGAAACACUGGCUUUACAGGGUUCUAAGAGAUGUGGGGUAUACACUGUCCUGCAGUGAAAUAGUAGAUCCUCGAAGUAUACUAUUUAAUUGCCCUUAGAUUUUUUUUAUUGCCUUUCUUUUAGUUGUUAUAAUUUCUAGUUAGUAUCUAUAGCCUCUUGUUUUUAGAUCUUAGAUUAUUUUUGCAUCCUCUUUAGAAUCUGUGAGAGGUCACUGUCAAGUUGCACUUUACUGGGUUUUAUCCAGUUUAAGGAGGAGGGGAGGCAAUGUCAAAAUACACACUUUUGGUUUUCAAGAAGGUUAACUAUAAUCAUCUUAAAAGGCUGGUUACAGAGUUAUCUAAUACUCAGUCUGUGAAACCCAAGUCAAAAUUCGUAAAUGGUAUUUACCCACCGCCACAUACACAUGUUUAAAAUACUUUUCACUCUUGACAAUUUCAAGGUGGUGUCUAGUGCACAUUUACCUUAAGAACAAGUUCUGUCUACUGGUAAACAUUCUAAAUUAUCACCCAGUAUUUCUGUUAACAGAUUUUCUUCCAUAUUCCACUACAAAUUUUAGCCCAUGAGCCUUCCAGGUAAUGAAGCAAAAUUAAUGGGUGUACUUUUUUUUUUUUUUUUUGCACCGUUUACUUUGUGACAUUCAGUGCCCUUUCUAAAUAGAUAUAUGUCUUAUACUGCUUACCUGAGGAUUGCCCUCGCCAUUGUGAAGAUUCUGUCACUAUCAUUUGGGGCAUAUAGGGUAGCAUUUUGAGAAUUGCUGUUGGUAAGAGCCAAAGUUUCUUUUCAUAUGACAUGCUAGUUUGGAUGAGUCUUCCUAAAUCUUAUGUACAAAUUCUUCAAAUUCCUUACACAGUAUUGCUUUGCGAGUUGAAGUGAUUUUAGGACAGUAGUGUAAUGCAAAUGCUUGCAUUGCAGUGUUUACCAUGUAUACAAAAACAAUGUGCCUAAAAUUUGUAAUUCUUUCAAACUGCUCGUGUUUCAUUAGGUGAUUUGGAUUUGUGUGAUUGCAUUGAGGCUUAUAACUUAGAACAGCGGUCGCCAACCUUUCAGACCUCGCGGACCACUGGGUAGUGACCGCUGAUCCAGAAAGUGAAAAUACUGCAGGUUUUAAGAUCCCUUCUUCUCUAGUCAAAAUCCUUUU